AUGUCAAGCUUUAAUCGUCCCGCUUGGACUUUCCCCCCCUCUGAUUCCUCAACAUCGGCCAACCCCAGGGCAACUGUUACCUCACCGAAUAGCGGUGCCGGUUUUGGCUCCGCCGCCAAUAUGAAUAUGAUGAACUAUCCCUUCAACCCAUUCAUCCACCCCGGUUAUACGAAUGGUUACCCGGAAUCGGACAUCUCCUACCACAGGGAGGAAGUUACUACCACCCAUACCAUAAUGGACAAUAUAGCUCCGUCGCAAAACAUUUCAACUACCAAUUUCAUACCGGCGACAUACGGGCCUCAACACAGCUUGGCCUAUAGCGGUCCUGUCCACAACCCCGCAAUAUAUCCUGGUACCCAGCACCAUAACACCGCACAGGGGGGUGUCGAUUUUUGGUAUUCUGGUAUUCCGGUUACAGAUGCAAAUUACUCGCCAUCCUAUCCACAACAAAUGCAGUGUCCAGAUGGCUAUACUACUUAUCCGUCCCAAUACGCCUCGCCUAAUUCAGAUGCAUCCUCUAGCUCCCACCAAGAGUCGUCCUCCUACUACCCCCGUGAAGUGUCCCACCCUGAUCCAUCCACCUAUCAUCAUGAAGCGUAUCAAGCACAACGCGAGCCGCAACCUUCAACUUCAGCUGCAAUGUCAUAUCCCAAUAUAAGUCAUGGAGGCAACAUAAGUCAUCCUUCAUAUCGUCAACCAACCAUCCAACCACGUGAAGAUCUGCCUCACCGUAAUUCACGUUCUCGCCAGAACUCUCAGCGUCGUAGCAGAUCUCAUACCCACGGAACUCACCAUUCACCGUCCGAUAUAUUCUCUUGUGACUGGCUUGUCGGAGAAAACAAGACUUGUGGAUUUGAAGGGCCGUUGGACAAAUUCAAAACGCAUUUCAGGAGCAGCCAUCUUGCAGGAGCUCAAAAUGCGCCAAAUGUAUGUCGUUGGCAAGGUUGCAAAUACCGGAAACGCGACAAUGCAACCAAGCAGGACAUGCGGCGCGACAGUGCGUGGCGUCACGUUCGAGAGACCCAUCUCAGGAUCAAGAGGAACUGAGCUUUUCAUAUUCGUCACGGGAUUACGCAUUUUCUUCAAUGUUCUUCAUUUUCCCCUUCGUGCAGACCACAGAGCGCAGGGCGCAAAUCACAUACGGGCUCGUCAGUUGUUGUGACACUUGCUAUCAUCACUAUGAUCUAUCAUUCGCUCUUUUCUACUACGUCAUAACGUCAAAUUCACAUUUCGCGCCACUUCGUUCAAUGUAACGCGAGUGGUUAUACCCAUUUUUUAUAUCUAAUAUGUCAACGAAUCUCGUCCGAGGUUAGAAUAAUGUGUCGUUUCCGGGAUC